UCUAGGGUUCUUCCGGAUCGCCGAGGGCGAUGGCGUCUUUCACGAGCCUAGGUAGGGUUUAGGUGGUGGAAUUUGAAGGAAAUCCGGGCGCUAAAGCUUGCCUGGAGCUGGGAGGAUGUCAUCGCGCCCAGGAAUUGGCCGGGCCAGAAGCGCGGAGAGCUCCCCACGGACAUCCAGAGCGGGGAGGAAGAAAUCGCCCAAUGUAGAGGCGUCGGCGCUGGCUCUCUCGCCAAUUGCGACGAGGACCGGGUGUGGCGGCUCUCAAUCCGCGUUGCAGUCAGCGUGGAUCCAGAGGAUUAUCCCUCUCUCACGGACUUUCGUGUCGGAAGAUCAUCCAGAGCUCUACGUAAAGAAAAGGAUCGAUAAUAUGGAGUGUACCGACGAAGAAGAGGAUUGCCAGCCGGAGGUCUCGGGAUUUAAGUUCGAUGCUCCAUCGAGCUGGUUGACGAUGAGAAACUCCGAGAGAGAAGAAACAGAGGUGUUUCCAGGGGCAAGGAUCUCUGGAUCGCGACAGCAUUCUACAGGAUUACGGGGCAAGAACUCGGUUUCGUCCGACUCGAAAGUGGUUCCUGUUGCGGAAGACGAGGUGAUAAGUUCCAAGUUUACGAGCGCAAAGGUUGUAGAAGAACAGGGAUUGGAACAGCAGCACAACGAGCUUCUCCGGUCGGCAUGGUUUGCAAGGAUAACUCGGAAGGAUUUCUCGAUAGAUGGUGAUAGUAAUCAGCAGCAGCAGCAACAGCAGCAGGGACUACGAUCCUUUCCUCCACUUAAAUCCGGGGAGCAGUGGCCGGGAACCUUGAAGCCGUCUGGUUUGCCACCGCUGAGGAUACCAUCGACGAGAAGUACUGAAAGGUCGGAACAAUCGUUGCCUUUGCUCACUCCAGUCGCUGUGCCGCCAAAGCCUCGAGACGAUAGCGAAGAAGAAGACAGCAAUGAGAAGGAAGCGCCAUCGCUGAUACGAACUAUUUCCUUGUUCGACUCGGUGAGUGCGUCGGGAUCGUCCUUCACUUGCAGCUUGCCUUCAAACUUCGCGAACGAGAGGAGCAACUCCGAUCGCACCAAGAGCUUGCAGGACCGAUUCGGUUUCAUCAAUGGGACCGUCAGGCCUUCGAGAAAGAACUCCAAUGCAUCGAGGUCGUCUGAUACCAAUAGCCUUUUCGAGGAUGAAGGUGGCGAGGAGGUCCAGUCUCUUUCGCGCCGUGACGAACUCAACACUGCGAAAACUGGAGGCAAAGCUCUCUCGCGGACUUCUAUAGAAUCAAAUGAAAGAUCAAAAGUACCACUCGAUCAACCCCAACCCCACCAUGACGAAGAUCUUCCAAAAUAUAACCUGAGAAGCCCGCCACAAAGAGAGAGGCCUCCGGCAUCGCUUCACAACUCAAAGUCCGUAAGAGGGGGACAAAUGGCUCUUUCUUUUCAGCCAGGCUCGCAGCAAUGGCUUCAUAGGUGGUGUUCUCCUAGUCCUUACAAAGAUGGGGCUCGAGCAAAGUAGAAAAGAGAGAAAUUAAUGUAGAUUAGAAACACAGAUUUGUGAAUGCUAAUCAAAAGUUGGUACACAGAAAGCAUGAAAUAUCAAGCUUUCAGCUUCUAAUGUAGUAAUGUGUUCUUUCCAAAUUUCAUGUGAAUGCGAAAAUCUCUUGUUCCA